AUGAAGCGGGUCACCCUCAUGGGUACACUCGCUGCGCUGCUGUCGGCUCAUAAAGCCGCGGCGCUACACGCUUACAAAGACGUCUACACAUCACCGCACAGCGGCGACCUGCAGUUCUCGCACAUGGGCAAAGUAUACGAACACGACGCAAACCAAGGGGGAAUCAAUGCACCAGAUGCUACAGCGCCUGCGACAUCCGAGUCUAGCGGAAAUAAGGACGACGUAAAGGGAGGGUCAGAGCGCUCCAUGGACAACGUACCAGUAGCCGACUUAAAGAGGGCUGACAGUAGCAGCGGCGGAGCGAACAGCACCUCCACCAACAAUACGAACAGCACAAACACCAAUACAAACACAAACAACUCGACGCAAUCGGACAAUAACAGUAAGGUGGAUCAAUCGCAGUCCUACCAGAACCAAACAACGCACGGCGCCACCAACUACAGAGGCGACACGUCGACGAGUGUGACCAACAACUUCUUCAACCCGCCCAUACCCGAGUACACGUCAGAUGUCUACCCGAAGGGCGCCAAGCUCGAAUUGCAGUACCUCUGGAAACGCAUUAACGUGAUUGAUGACAAACUCGAUAGGCUCAUGCCAAUAGCAGGAGGGGACCCGCGACUAGAUCCGAACAAACGCAAAGGGCUCAUCAUAACGUUCGAUGCGCAGUCAGACCCGGACAGUCCUACGCUGAACCUGGAAGACAGAUACAGUGAAAACGACACACUGUGA